AUGAAAGGUUAUAAAGAACCUGUCAACUGCAUGAAAGGUUAUAAAGAACCUGUCAACUGCAUGAAAGGUUAUAAAGAACCUGUCAACUGCAUGAAAGGUUAUAAAGAACCUGUCAACUGCAUGAAAGGUUAUAAAGAACCUGUCAACUGCAUGAAAGGUUAUAAAGAACCUGUCAACUGCAUGAAAGGUUAUAAAGAACCUGUCAACUGCAUGAAAGGUUAUAAAGAACCUGUCAACUGCAUGAAAGGUUAUAAAGAACCUGUCAACUGCAUGAAAGGUUAUAAAGAACCUGUCAACUGCAUGAAAGGUUAUAAAGAACCUGUCAACUGCAUGAAAGGUUAUAAAGAACCUGUCAACUACAUGAAAGGUUAUAAAGAACCUGUCAACUACAUGAAAGGUUAUAAAGAACCUGUCAACUACAUGAAAGGUUAUAAAGAACCUGUCAACUACAUGAAAGGUUAUAAAGAACCUGUCAACUGCAUGAAAGCGUUUCACUUCCCCCAAAAACCCAAACCAACAAUAGUUCUGCAGGGUAAUCUGGCUAAUGAGAUGAGAGAUUAG